AUGCCUUCUUUGCCAAACGAUAAUUUCGAUCUGCCUCUGGCGAAGCGGCAAAAGCGGGUUUCCAAGGGCAAUAAUGUUGGACAACGGGGUUCAAAAAUCUUCGCUCCUUUUCGUACAUUAGGAUUGGUGUCACCUACACCCGUGCCUUUCACCUCAGUGCGUCUGGGUAAAUCAACCUAUCAAAUCACGACCUCUGUUGGACAUUCGUUGCAGACCUAUGAUUUGCGCAAAGGACUGAACCUCAUCUUCCUGAGUCGACCCCGAACACCGGAGAUCAUCACGGCGACAUGUGCAUGGCAAGAUAAGGUCUUCGCAGCUUGGGGCCAUCUUCGGCCGCAGUCCCCUGGCGGGAUCUGGGUUUUCAAGCGUGGUAAAAAGGUUGCAGCCCUCCAAAGCCCCGCAGAUCUGAAAGGGCCCCUCGAACGACUGGUUGUAUUUGGCUCAUGGGUAAUCGGCUGCUGGGCUGGGGGCCUUGAAGUUUGGAAAACCGGCACAUACGAGCAUUAUGCUAGCAUGAGACCUCAGUCUAUUCAAGGCUCCUCCCGGGAGCAAAUCUACACUGGUGUCAUGUGUAAUAUGCCGACUUAUCUCAACAAGAUCUUUGUGGGUCGAUCGGACGGUGCUGUCGAUAUCUGGAACCUCCGCAGUGGGAAACUGAUUCACACACUGCCCCCUUCUUCGCCAGACGUCGGUCCCGUGACAGCGAUCCAGCCCACGCCUGCUCUAUCGCUCGUUGCCGUUGCGUACAAGAGCGGAGCAUUAUCAAUUCAGAACGUCAACUCAGGCCAGCUUGUCUUGAAUUUGAAAAACGCAUCUUCGCGGGGUCUUCCUGUGACAUCUAUAACGUUCCGAAGCGACGGAUUAGGCGCUGGCCAUGAUGGUCGCAGCUCCGGUGUCAUGGCCACGGUAUCGAAUGGCAGCGGUGACAUCACGCUCUGGGACUUGAACAACGGAGGUCGUAUUGCGGGUAUCCUUCGUGGAGCCCAUCGUGUCUCAAGUGGUGAAAAGGCUAUGGGUGCCAACCGUGCUGAGUUCCUUGAUGGCCAGCCAGUAAUCGUGUCCUCGGGCGACGACAAUUCUCUCAAGACAUGGAUAUUCGACGAAACUCCCUUCUCACCCAUCCCCAGGCCACUUCACACAAGAAACGGACACUCAGCUGCCGUCAGCGCUCUUGAUUUCCUGCCGGGCUCCUCGGACGGGUCUGACUCAGGCGGUAAGUGGCUUCUGAGUGCAAGCAAGGACUGCAGCCUCUGGGGCCUCAGUUUGCGCAAAGACAGCCAGCACACCGAGAUUUCACAGGGUAGCUUGGAGCGCAAGGCCAAGAAGGCCGGCCCGUCGGCCAACUCACAAACCAUGUCAUCAGAGGAUCUUAAAGCCCCUGAAGUCACAUGCAUCGCCUGCAGUCUCAACCGUGAUGGCGGAAUGGGCAUCACCACAUCUGGCCCGAUCUGGUCGAACCCGAAGGUAACAAACGCCGAUGCUUCUAAUACAACUGGCUGGGAAAGCGUGGUCACUGGUCACCGAGGUGACAAGUUCGCACGUACCUGGUUCUGGGGCAAAAAGAAGGCAGGUCGAUGGGCCUUUGCGACCAGCGAUGGAACAGAGGUCAAGAGCGUCGCGGUCUCACACUGUGGCACUUUUGCUGUUAUUGGGUCAGCAGGAGGAUCCAUUGACAUGUUUAACAUGCAAUCGGGUCAGCACCGACAAAGUUUCCCGGCUCGACUCCCAGCUUCACGCAAGGCCAAUGUUUUUGCCUCAACAGCUGAAGCCUCAAAGCACACCAAGGCAGUGACUGGCUUGAUGAUUGACAGCUUGAACCGGACUGUCGUUAGCUGUGGCUUGGACGGUAAAGUAAAGUUUUGGGAUCUUCUCUCCGGAAAAUUCAUUGAUGAGCUAGAUUGGAAUCCAAUGGCUGCCAUUACCGGACUUCGCUACAACAAGGCGAGUGAGCUAGUCGCUUUCAGCUGCGACGAUCUUUCAAUCCGCGUGAUUGAUCUUGAGACCAGAAAGCUGGUGCGUGAAUUCUGGGGAUGUGUGGGCCAAGUCAACGAUUUCAUCUUUUCCAAUGAUGGACGAUGGAUCGUUGCGGCCUCGAUGGACUCGGUGGUCCGAGUAUGGGAUUUACCUACUGGACAUCUCAUUGAUAUCUUCCGAGUGUCGAGUACCUGUGUUGCCUUGGCCAUGUCAUCAACUGGUGAAUUCCUUGCCACUGCACACGCCGGUGGCAUCGGCGUCAGUCUUUGGAGCAAUCGUAGUCUAUUCAUGCCUAUCUCAACCAAAAAUUUGGACGAGAGCGUCAUUGAAAACGUUGGGAUCCCGGCAACGUCAGGAGAAGGCGGUGCUGGUCUUAUCGAAGCAGCAUUUGUUGAGACUCCUGAGGAAGAUGAGGAAGAUGGCCCAGUGUUGGCAACAGACCAGCUACGGCAUGAUAUGAUGACCCUCAGUCUCGUCCCCAAGAGCAGGUGGCAGGCACUGAUCCAUUUGGAUACUAUUCGGGAACGCAACCGGCCCAAGGAAGCCCCUAAGGCACCUGAGAAGGCACCCUUUUUCCUUCCCUCCCUGCUCAAUUCUAGUGGGCCCGAGUCAGCUAGCGAAAACGCCGGCAAGGACGCCGAUCCUGGAUUGCUAGCAAAGAGCGCUGAAGCCGAAAGGUUGCGGAUUGCCAAGUUGCAAAAUGGCGAGAAUUCCAGUUCCCCCCAGUCUAUUUUCACUCGGUCAUUGGCAUCCGGCCACCAGUCCGGCAACUUCGAUUCAUUUAUUGAUCAUCUCAAGUCCUUAUCUCCAGCUAAGGCAGACCUUGAGAUCCGUUCAUUAGAUCCUCGAGUGCGUGAUGGGCAUUCUGAGCUGUCUGGUUUCGUCACUGCUUUGACUUAUCGCCUGAAGUCCAAGAGAGACUUUGAAAUGGUCAAUGCGUGGAUGGCAGUCUUCCUGAAGAUUCAUGCCGACACUAUUAGUCUCAGCUCUGAUCGUGAUGAGCCCGAGUAUCGCUUGCUGCAAGAAACUCUCGCGGCUUGGGCUCAUGAGCAGGAGCAAGAGGGUAAACGCUUGGCUGAAUUGGUGGGAUACUGUCGCGGAGUGGUAGGAUUCUUGCGAUCAGCUCGGUAA